UUCCCUGUGUGGCUGAAGCGUUUGUUGCCGCCUUGAAACACGGUAACUAGAGGGAGGUUUAUGAGUAUGAGAGAGGUGCUUCUUUCCCAGGAGUUCUCUUUGUCUUUCCUACUCCAGCAUAGCUGAAGGUGCAAGUGUGGCAGAGGGGGUUCGCCUGUGUGCCCGGCUGUGCGUGUCUGUGCGGAAGUGCUGCUCAUUAUCAGCUGCAGCCAGAGAUGCUUCCCCGCCUCCACCUCCCAUCCAGCAGCAGUAGCAGUAGCAGACAGGGGAAGGCUGAGCCGACCCAGCUACUGCAUGUGCGCUCUGUUGUGGGGAGCUGACAAGUGCACACACAGCUGAUGUGGAGCCUCUCCCCUUCAGUAGCCCCCUGGUCGGCUGACAAAGGACUACUGGCCCCCUGCCCGUCACCAUGCCCGGUCCUUCCAGGCUGGAGCUGAUCCAUCACAUCUCUGUGAUUUGCCUUGUGAAUGUUUUUACACGUGGAUGGAUUGAAACAGCUGUUCCACACGCAGCAGCCUGCAGCGGCAAACUGGAGCAGCACACAGAAAGAAGAGGGGUCAUUUACAGCCCAGCCUGGCCUAUGAACUACCCCCCAACAAUGAAUUGCAGUUGGUACAUUCAAGGAGAUCAUGGUGAUGUCAUUACAAUUAGUUUUAAGAAUUUUGACAUAGAAGAUUCUCACAAGUGUACCGCUGACUGGCUGCUGAUUGGCCCUUCUUCAAGAAGGGAGGAGUACAAAGUAUGUGGUUCUGCCAUCCCCCCUGCCUUCACCUCUUCACGCGAUCAUGUCUGGAUAUUCUUCCACUCUGAUGCAACAAGCUCAGGACAGUCUCAGGGAUUCCGUCUUUCAUAUAUUAAAGGAAAAAUGGGUCAGACUUCUUGCCCUGCUGAAGAGUUCUUAUGCGGGAAUGGCAAGUGCAUUCCAAACAGUUGGAAGUGUAACUUCUUAGAUGAAUGUGGGGAUAACACGGAUGAGAGAAACUGUACAGCCCCUUCUGCAGAAACACAUACAAGCUUAUGUCCAGUUGGCACUUUUGCAUGUAGUGCUGCUCACUCUGUGCAGUGCUUAUCUAAUGAACUGCGAUGCAAUACUGUAAAAGACUGCAGCAGUGGUUCAGAUGAAGAAAAUUGCCCAGAUCUGAAAUGUGGUGGAAAACUCAGUAAUUUUUAUGGUUCGUUUGCCUCGCCUGAUUUCUUUCAUGCUGAUCACAGCCGGACAGAUCUGCAGUGCACGUGGUAUGUAGAUACUCAAGAUAACCGACAUGUUAUACUGCAGAUAAGUUUGCAGCUGGGCUACAAUGACUAUGUGCGAGUGUAUGAUGGUAUUGGCGAGAGAAGUGAAAGACUUUUGCAUACCCUUUCGUAUCACAACAAUAAACACACUGUCCUUUCUGAAUCUCCAAAUGGACAGCUCACUUUAUUAUACCACGCACGAUCAAAAAGUAUGGGCCAUGGCUUUAAUGCAACUUACCAGGUCAAAGGUUACUGCCUCCCUUGGGAGCAUCCUUGUGGAAGUGAUGAGGUGUGCUACUCUGACAGCCAACACUGUGAUGGUUGGUGGCAUUGCCCUAAUGGCAAAGAUGAAGAGAACUGCCCAGCCUGUCAGAUGAAUGAGUACCCUUGUGAAGGAGGAAGUGGCCUCUGCUAUUCCUCCAGUGAUCGGUGCAACAAUCAGAAAAACUGUCCUGAUGGCUCUGAUGAAAAGAAUUGCUUCACUUGUCAACCUGGUAAUUUUCACUGUGGGACCAACCUGUGUAUCUUUGAGACCUGGCGUUGCGAUGGCCAAGAAGAUUGCCAGGAUGGAAGUGAUGAACAGAAUUGCCUGGUGAUUGUUCCCAGGAAGGUCAUUACAGCAGCACUCAUUGGCAGUCUUGUGUGUGGAUUACUUCUAGUUAUAGCUCUGGGCUGUGCAUUCAAACUUUAUUCCCUACGGAGCAGAGAGUACAGGGCUUUUGAAACUCAGAUGACACGCCUUGAGGCAGAGUUUGUGAGGCGCGAGGCUCCCCCUUCAUAUGGACAGCUUAUCGCACAGGGUCUUAUUCCUCCUGUUGAAGAUUUUCCAGUAUUCAGUGACUCGCAAGUUUCCAUGCUACAGAACAUCCGCACAGCCAUGAGACGGCAAAUGAGACGUCAUUCUUCCAGAAGGAUUUCUUCUAGAAGGCGUUUGGGAAGACUAUGGAACAGACUGCUUCACCGCCCACGUGCACGGGGACAGAUUCCCCUUCUCGCAUCGAUUCUGUCACAAACACGAUAUAGCGAGUCAGAGAACAGCAUGAAUGAAGACAACUGGCAAAGUCCGUCAACUCCCCCUGAAAGAUAUUACACCUUAGUCAACAAUCAAGAAUCAAGUCCUGAUAUUUCUUCCAAUGAUUUACAUUUUGAACUGGAAGCCAUAGAACAGUUUCCUUUAAAUGAUUUACAGAACACUUGCAGAGACUCGCACGUGCAGUUUCAGAUGGAACAGUUGGUUCCAAGUUCAGACUCAAGGGAGCCUUGUCAUAGCAAUUUUAAUUCAGCCAUAACUGAAAGUACAGACACUACAUUAGAAGACUCUUUGUCAUCACAAUUCCAAGAAGAAGGCUUGGUACCCCUGCCACAAAGAACUUCAUCUGAGGUUGCUAAUCCAAUUCACAGCCAUCGACAGGGAAAAAAGCCCAAUACUUUGCCUUUAAAAAGAACAGACACAGAUCACGUAGACAGCGAAAUGAUUGUGCAGAUUCAGGUUAACAAGGAGCCAUGUUCCUGUGCAAUGUCUUGUCAGUAUGAGCCUUUAGGUGUACACAGUAACAGUUAUCAUUCAGUGGAAAUGCCGCCAGAGGAGGUGUCUCACCCGCUAUCAGAAAGUUAUACUAGUGAUGAUGAAUCACUACUGGUUUGCUAAUAAAUGCUUAAUAAUGGCCUAGAUUUUGUACUUUUUGGAAACAGCCCCAGAAAUCAGUUAGUAGGAUAUAUUUUUUUAUAAUAUAUUACCACUGUUCAUAUCUGCAAACCUGAGCUUGACUGGCAGAAAAAUAUUUGAUAAAGCAUUUAAUGUAAAAGUGCACAAGGUCUUAGUAACUGUUCAUAAAUUAUUACCUCAUAAUUUAAAGUCAAAGUACUAUUAAAUAUUACUCUUAUUAAGUUUUGCAUUUCAUUUGGAGCAGUAGCACCUGUGGAUUGCCACAAUCAUCUUUAGAUUUGUUUCUCUUCCUUUUGCUAUUUCCAUCUCAGAAUGAAGAAUUUGAUCAGUCAUGCCCAAAGUAACUAUAUCCUAUUUAUUUUCUACAGGCAGACAAGCAUUAUUAGAGAUAGAUAGCAGAAUGCUUGGUGCAAAGCAGUACUAAAGUUGCCUAAGGUCGCCAAAAGAGCGGCUCUUUCCCAUGAUAUGCCCAUCUUGAGAGGGUGAUAUUGAAUUGAUCUGAUCAUUUGGCCCUUUGGAUUACGGUAAUGGGAUGCAGGCUGCUGGUGCGCGGACCGAAUAAGCAAGCUGUUGAUUUAUUGGGUCUGUAAUGGCCUGAGACAAUGGUCCAAAUUCAAUUCAGUGAGGAAAAGCUAUCUCAUGGCCAGAUUCAAUUGGGGGAAAAAAACUUUUCUCCUAAUACAGUUCCAGUUUUUUACUAAUAGAUUUCAAUGUAGUUAUCACGUGAUAAGCCUUGAGAUAAGUUCUUCUGAAUUGAAUUGCAUCUCAGAUUGAAUGUCACCAUUCAGUUUUCAUGUGAUCUGGCCUAAUGGCAGCAAAAGGGACAUUCCCACACACUAUGCCAUCUGAGGGCCACAGUUAAAAAUAGAGAGUUAAGUUAAGUGGGAAACAAUAUAUUUUAAAUUGCAAGGAUAAACAAACAUAAGAUAAUGCAAGUGCCAUUUCUCAGUUAAGAAAACUGUUAUUUUCCCAUUCCUCAUAUCCUGCUGAGGAGGUUUCCUUUUAUUAGCUAUAGCCUAACUAGGCCAUUAGUAUGAGGUAUAAUGUACCCUCAACCCUUGCUCCAAAAUGAAUAUGAAAUAUUUAUAUAUAAUGUUAUGUUCUUCCUGAAUAUGGAAACACAUGUAUAUCUGUGAAUGCUACAAAAUGAGAUUUUAUAAAAGAUUGUAUUAUAUUUUUUCAUUACUUUUUCUUUAACUCUCCCUUUUGCUAAUUUUUUUUUUUUUUUUAAACUUUACCUCAAAUGACUUUAGCUUAGGGCCAUCAAAGAAAACAUAUCAUUAACUCUAUUUUACAUCUUCAAUGUUCUAUUCACUCUUGAAACCAAAUGCAAAUCAAUGUAUUUAUAUGAAGUGAUGUAAAAUCAAUAUUAAGCUGAUUAACAAGCAAUGGUUGGAUGUUUCUUCAAGAAGAAAGGCCAAACCCUACAGGAAACCAAACAAUGCUGCUUCCCUUGUCUACAAAGCACUUUAUGAAAGUUACUUUUUCUGCUAUUCAGAUAUCUGCCAUAAUAUAGGUGCAAUGCAUUCCUCAUCUUUUGAUAAGCCUUGAUCGUCCAGUUCUCUUGUGUCUCAGUGACUUCGCUAGACAUUAGGGCUCAUUUAUAAACACUGGGCAAAUUUGCACCUUAGCAGUAACCCAUAGCAACCAAUCAUAGAUUAAAUUUUUCCAUCCAGCUGCAAGUAUAACAAUGAUAGCAGACUUCUGAUUGUUUGCCAUGGGCCACAGCCCAGGCGCAAAUUUGCCCAGUGUUUAUAAAUGACCCCCAUUGUCUGUAGACAUUUUUCUGUACUGUGCCAGGGCCCCAGUCAGCAGGAUGUUCUGUUGAUUUCUAAGAACUGCUUUUGACAUUGAAUUCACAAACUAGAAGAAAUUGUGGAUUUGUAUUGAUUUUAGUUUUCAUUCUUGACAAAUAUUGACUUACUGUGAUACUAAAUGAUGUGCUGAUCUUUAUUUUGAAAGACAGAAAUAAUGUAUACAAGAGGGAGAAAGAGAAGCCUUCUCAAAGUCCUUUGAAGGUAUUGAGCUGAAGAAUCGUAUGAUUGUAUGAAAAAUAGCAGCCAUGGUCCAUACUGUAUGUCUUCAUAUAAGCAUUCCUUGCUAUAUAUUGCAUCCUGCUGACUUAAUAUAAACCCUAUCAUCUACAUUUGACCACUAAUUGGGUUCUGCAUAGCACACCUGUUUAAAUAUGUCAUUUUUUUAUUGACUGUUUAUGGUAUUACCCAGAUGUUUCUGUUCACCUGUAAAUGAUUUUGUAAUAAAAUGGCAAAACCUUGUCAAAUUGGUUUAUUGCGCAUCAUUGCAAAUUGCUGUGUAUAAAUCAGGGGUUUCUGAUAUCAAUAAACUAUGGCUCCCAACUGGCA